ACGUCAGGAUCAGCAGCUCAAUGAGGAAGUAAACAAACCUGCAGCGAGCGGACGACUCGACGGGAGAAGGGCCGGCUCUCCAAAUGACGUCUCUGAUUUGCACGUUAAAUGACCAUCGAGACGAUGUCAACUGGUGCGCCUUCUCGGCCAAGCUGCUGGCCACGUGCUCUGGGGACAAAACUGUCCGGAUAUACUGCACCAGUGACUUCUCAGAGCUGCCUUUCUCCCCGCUGUCGGGACAUGGCUACAGCGUCCACUGCUGCUGCUUCAGCCCCUGCGGACAGUUCCUCUGCUCCUGCUCCACCGACGCCACCACGGUUGUCUGGUCCACGGUCACGGGGGAGAUCGAGGCCGUCAUGGAGCAUCCCGGUCGCAGCCCUGUGAGGAUCUGUGCGCUCUCUCCUGACUCUGCCCACCUGGUCACUGGUGCAUCCGAUGGGACUUUGGCCCUGUGGGAUUUCCCGUCAAAACAGCUGAACCGGACCGGAGCCGUGAGCGACACCACCAUGACGGCCUGCUCCUUCAGCCCCUGCAGUCAGGUGUUCAUGACGGGCUCCACCUAUGGAGACCUGCGUCUGUGGGACCUGAGCAUGAACCAGCUCCACGCGGAGAAGAACGCCCACGACCUGGGGGUCACCUGCUGCACGUUUGCUCCUGACAUCCUCAGUGGAGGUCAAGUUGUGCAGUUCCGUCUGGCGUCCUGUGGCCAAGACAGUCACCUGAAGAUCUGGGUCAUUAACCAGCUCACUCCUGGAGCCUAUAAGAUGCAGCUCCUGCACACAUUAACUGGCCAGUCGGCUCCAGUCCUCUCCUGUGCCUACUCCUUAGAUGGGCAGCUGCUUGCGUCUUGCUCAGUUGACAAAACUGUUACAGUCUAUGACUCAGCAAACGCAGUUUUGCUUUACACCCUGAGACAGCACGAGAGGUACGUGACGGCGUGUUGCUUCUCUCCAACAUCACCGCUAAUUGCCACGGGAUCUAUGGAUAAGACUGUAAACAUCUGGAGGCUGGAGGACGGAUGCAGUGGCCACGGAGGGAAGACACUGCCUGAGGAUCCUGCUCUCGCAUCACAUGAAGGGAAAACCUCAGCCGGCCAAUCGAAGCUGCUGGUCACCGAUUGGUCAGAGGGGGAUGUGUCAGAGUGGCUGGUGGAGGAAGGCCUCUCGGGAUUGGUUGAGAAAUUCAGGGCCAACAACAUAGACGGGACCGAGCUGCUCAGUCUCACCAAGGAAACGCUGGCGUCAGAGCUGCUCAUAGAGUCUGUGGGCCUGCGCAGUAAACUCCUGAGGAAGGUGGAGGAGCUGAAGAGUCAUUCAGUCUGUUCAGGCGUUCCUGACGAGUUCCUGUGUCCAAUCACCCGAGAGCUGAUGAAGGAGCCGGUCAUUGCUGCUGAUGGCUACUCGUAUGAAAAAGAGGCCAUCGAGAGCUGGAUCAACACCAAGAACCGCUCCAGCCCCAUGACCAACCUCCCCUUGCUGACGACCCUGCUCACCCCUAACCACACCCUGAAGAUGGCGAUUGGCCGCUGGAAGACCAGCCAGUGACAUCUGACGAAGCUGUGUCCCAAACAUUUCACUUAGAGCGGAUCAUAAACUGUCUUAUAAAGAUGGACGACAUGAGGUCUCACCCCAAAGUGAAGCCAGAGGCUCAAUCACCUCCUGGGGACUGGAUGCAAUGAAGGUCAUAAUUCCUGCCUCCUCCAUGUUAUUGGUUGGAGCAUGAGUCAAACUAAAAAGUCCAAAACCACGUCAAAUGAAUGUUUCUCAAAGACGGUUUCUGUCAUUUUCUGUAAUUCUGAUACAUGUUGUGUUCAUGUUUCCAGUCAUUUUGGUUUCAUUAAGUU